AUGCUCUACCUUCUGACCUACUCCAGCUAUCCGCCCUUCUUGACAGAUGCCACUGGCCGGGCCCAGGUCGCUUACCGUCCGCUCCAGGAUGGCAAUAUCCCAUCAAAACAGACGACGCUGGAUAUCCUCAUCACACAGAUGCUGGACCCUGACCCAGGCCACACAAGAUCAGGAGUUCUGCUAGGACCGCUAGGAUGCAGAUUCUCAGCAGCCCGGAUUCCCAAGAAGCGAAGCAGCGUUGGGCUGUUUUGCUUGCAUGCCUUCCCGCAUUGCAGCCAGAAGUUUGCUGGAGCCCCGUAA